AUGGCGACCACACAGGACAAAAAAUUGCCCUUUGGCAAGAUUGACCUGUAUUCAAGCAGGUACUUUUAUGCCUGUACCUUGGGCGGUAUUAUCGCUUGUGGGCCUACACACACCGCAGUGACACCGUUGGAUUUGGUGAAAUGCCGGCGACAGGUCGACCCUAGCAUUUACAAGUCCAACGUCUCCGCCUGGCGAUCGAUCUUUGCCAAAGAGGGCUUGCGCGGAGUUUUCUUUGGCUGGGCUCCCACGCUUGCCGGAUACUCGCUGCAAGGAGCGGGCAAGUAUGGCUUUUAUGAAGUGUUCAAGUACUGGUACGGCGAACAGCUCUUCCCCAACACCAACCGCACGCUGGUCUAUCUCGGUGCCAGUGCCUCGGCCGAAUUCUUCGCCGAUCUUGCGCUCUGUCCCUUUGAAGCCAUCAAGGUUCGUAUGCAGACCACACUGCCUCCGUAUGCGCACAACCUGCGUGACGGAUGGAAAAAGGUGGUUGCUCAGGAUGGCAUUGGCGGCUUGUACAAGGGCCUCUACCCGCUCUGGGCGCGGCAGAUUCCGUACACGAUGACCAAGUUUGCGACCUUUGAGGAGGCGGUGAAUUUGAUCUACAGGACUCUUGGGGGUCCCAAGGAUAGCUAUAGCCGUUUGACUCAGACUGGUGUUAGUUUUGCCGGUGGUUACCUUGCUGGUAUUCUCUGCGCUAUUGUCAGUCAUCCGGCCGAUGUCAUGGUGAGCAAGUUGAAUGCCGAGCGAAAGGCUGGCGAGGGCGCAAUGACUGCCGUGUCUCGGAUUUACAGCAAGAUCGGCUUCGUGGGACUGUGGAACGGAUUGCCUGUUAGGAUUGCCAUGUUGGGAACCUUGACUGGGUUCCAAUGGUUGAUCUACGACUCAUUCAAGGUGUUCUGUGGUUUGCCCACCACUGGCGGUCAUUAG